AUGGGCGCGAAUUUGCUGGUGCUGGUGGGCACGAUCAUAGUGCCAUUGGUUAUAAUAUGCUUCGUUUCUGCAGUUACGUGCGUUAAUCUGUACUUGAACAUUCGGAGACGUUUCCCGGCGAAGGUGAACUGUUGGUUUUGUAAUCAUGAUACAAGCGUUCCAUACGAUCAGUCGAAUUCAUUCGUCUGCCCGGCUUGUAAGCAGUACAAUGGGUUUACCGCGGACGGAGACUACAAUCGGGAGAUACCGGAACAGUACCAGCAGCGGCUGAACAACUAUUACUAUCAUCAUCCUUCAAACGUCACGGACGACGAUAAGUGGGACAGUUCCACGAUUCGUUCGUCGAUCGGUAAUGGGCGAUUCCUGAGCAACAACGGUCUGUGUUUUGGAUGCAAUCGCAACCAGGAGUUAAAAAUACAUCAGCUAGCAUCGUUCGUGCCCGAAGAUGAAGAUAAUUACGAUGUGGAGGUGGACGAAUACCGCAAACAACUGGAACAAGCGUACAAGCUGUGUGGAAGAUGUGAACGCGUCCUUAAGCGCACACUGAACGAUGUGAAACGCAACAUACUUGGCUCGAAGCUGGCCCAGAUUGGAAGCAAAAGUGUGGAUGUUUUGGAUAUGCACAUACGAGCUUCAGGCAAGCAACUAGCUCACCUGAAGCGGCAGCGUUGGGCAAAGGUGUGCGUAUGGGCCAUCACGGGGUUGCUGCUAGUGAAGCUACAGCAGAACUUUGCCGACUCCGAAUGGACCGUGUCCGAGCUGUUGUUGCUUUGUCCACCGCCGCUGCUUUCCGGCAUUACUAUGGUGUUCUCAUACACUCUUGCAAUGCGCGAAUUGUUUCUCCAACAGUUCAAUAAGCUGCUGUCGGAACCGAACGUACAACAAACGACGAAUCGCAUUGAAUCGAUAGGGUACGAAAUAUUUCACCAAUAUGUGCCGAAUUCGGUGUUAAUGACAUCUGCACGCUACUACGACACCAUUUCGGCCCAAGUGCCAAGCGAAAGGAGUUCUUCAUUGCUGUUGAACGUAGCGAUAGUAGCACUGGCGGCUUUGCUAGCUUCUCUCGGCAGUCAACGAACGAUCGUGAAGCAGUUGCUUGUCGUGGCACUUUGCCUCGUGGAUUGUUUGCUCAAGUACGCCCAGGUGAAGGAUUCAUCGAUAGCAGGCUUCCUGCUUACCACCGUUGCUCUUGCGAUAUCGCUCAGCAGCAUCGGACAACGAUUAAUCCGCAGUGAUGUGCCGGCCAGUAAUCUUAACUCAAGCUUCCACAAAAUCUAUUCCCAACAGUGCAAGGAAAGCGAUUAUUCCGAUGCCGACACUGGUAACGAAGUUUCAGAGCAAAAAUCAAUUAGAGCAGAUCAUAAUGCGUUUUGCAAUAAAAGUCCGCCUGUGUCAGGCCGUUCCACUAUGAGGCAUGUGAGUGGUGAUAUUAGUGCGAAAUCGCUCGAUACAACCAAAUCGGGCAGUCCUUCCGUUUUUUCAAUUUCUCCAACGAAUCCAUUUCUGACGGUAGAUGAUUCUCCGCCGCUAGGGUUCAGCAAAAUUAGUGGUUCACUAUUCAAUGUGGCGGCUGGUGAAGAUCAAACCUGCGGAACCGUUGAUAAAAGGGCUGCAUUUGAUGGAAAAAUCAUCACACCUAGCGCGUCUGCCCAUUCGCUGCUGAAAACACCUUCGUUUUCGGUGGAUAACUUUCAAACCCUAUCCCACAGACAAAACACUCGUCGAUCUGGACCUACAACGACGCUCUCCGGUCGCCAGCGGAAUUUUAAUCAGUUUCGCUAUUCAAUGAACACCAUCAAUCAGGAGGAAGAUCGUCCAUUCCGGGAGGAAGACGAUCCACUAAUCGAAGACGAUAUCGAUCGGCUUUCGAUCAGUGCACAAGUUUCGUUGAACGCCGCCGGAAUGCUCGGUUCUCGCACAUCGCUUGCAGGCGCCACAAAUCCGUUUGCGAAAAAGUUCAACCCCGAAACGGAGUAUGAAGAGCUUACGAUGGGACCCACCUCACUACAUCACCGCGCACGUGUCUUCCGAGCUCCCGAACCGUCUAAAGGCUUUGCAAAAGACACACUGUGGACGAGCGGUAGCUUUGGUGGGCAACUAACGCACAUGUCGCGCACUUCAUCACAAAGCUCGGGUUUUGAAUCGCAAACCGGUACAACACGCCGUAACACACCAACGGAAGUGGACGCAUGUUCCAACGGUGAAACACGGUUGGAUGGAUCGCAACACAUCGUGCCAACUCCGCGGAGCGAACAACCGUCGCCAGUUCCAUCGUCUGCGUCCGUGUUCGAAUGGAACAGUAUGGCUCGCGAUAGAUCGUUCGCUAAUGGAACUAAUACCUCACAACGGCGAUCGCUGUUCAGUGAGCAAAAUCUCUUUAACAGUGCCCUACAGCAAACGACUAACCCGUUAGAUAGAAAAACAGGAACAGUGUCACCUACAUUUACGACCGAAGGAACCGGACUCUUUUUUCCGAAACUUACCCGCCCAUCUACCGUCGGCGGUGGUGGUGCUGGUGGGUCCAUUGCAACCGGGUCCACACUAACCGCGCGACACAUUUUUCCACCACAGCAAUCACAAACACCAUCUUACCAUCACCAGUUCAGCCAUACACCUGGAGGGAUAGGUACCUCCUUUGGGUCCACCACUGCCAGCUUUGCCAGCAAAGCACCCUCAAUAGCGUCACUUGCCGGAACCAGCUUCUAUACCUCAAACAAACCGACUGCCAGCGGCCGCCGUACAAGUCUGCUGAAUGUUAGCAAAUUCGCAUCUGAGCAACUUGGCAACGGAACACUGCCUACUGCCUGA